CCAGCUACUCAAUGAGAUCAGGGCAAACUAUGAAAAGCUCCUCACCAGAAAUCAGAUAGAGACCGUGCUCUCAACAAGGAUCCAGGUAAUGAUUUCAUACAGACAGGCACCUUCCAGGAUAAGGAGACAAUCCAUGUCUACCCAAUUCCUGUCCCGGCCUCUCUGAGCUAGAAGAAGAUUUAAGCAAAAAAAUGGACAAAGACGAAGAGGCGCUGAAGGCAGCGCAAGCAGAACUCAAGGAAGCACGGCGCCAGUGGCACCACCUGCAAGUGGAAAUCGAAUCCCUCCAUGCUGUGGAGAGGGGCCUUGAAAGCUCCCUGCAAGCCAGCGAGCAGCAUUACCAGACGCAGCUCCAAGACCUGGAGGCUGUGAUCGAAGGACUAGAAAAGGAGCUACAGGAAGUGAGGCGCGGCAUCGAAAAGCAGCUUCAAGAGCACGAGAUGCUUCUCAACACGAAGAUGAGGCUAGAACAAGAAAUCGCCACUUACCGCCGCCUCCUGGAGAAGGAAGAAAUCAGAUAUUACGGUUGUAUCCAAGGAGGGAAAAAAGAACAAAAACCUACAAGUAGAGUUGGUUUUGUUUUACCUUCAGCCAUUAUAAAUGAAAUAUCUUUCUCGACAAAAGCCCCACAAAAGUGUGAGAAUGAGAAAGUGGAAACAGUGACCAGACAAGCGAUAUUAAAUGGAAACGUCGUGAAGGAAAGCACGGAAGCCCACGGCACAAUCCAGACAGAGAAAGUGGAUGAAGUUAUCAAAGAAUGGGAAGGUUCCUUCUUUAAAGAUAACCCUCGAUUAAGGAAAAAAUCUGUUUCUCUUCGGUUUGAUCUUCAUUUAGCAGCCACUGAUGAAGGGUGUUUACAGACUAAACAGGAUAAUCUACCAGAUAUAGAAGUCAGGCUAAUCAUGCGGAGAUCUUGCAGUAUUCCCUCUAUCAAAUCUCCAUCAGCAGCUAAUUAAUCCAAAGAAAGUGUUGACUUGAUUUAAAAAUGACAUUAGGAUGGACCGAGGUGGGCCACGCUGACCCCCUUCUGUCCCAAAUGUAAGUUAAGUAUGUAUGGUAAGUUAGGCAUGUAUGUUAUGAUUGAUUGAUGUGUGAUUUUCUUCAUGGGAAAAAAUGGCAAGGGACAAAAUUUCUCUGAAUCUAAUUAUGGAUGUAUUUUUGGGAAAGGGGAAGCUUAAAAAUAAAAUCAGAAAUUCAGUACAGUUUCUAUUUUUUCUCCAAAUAGUCUUUUUUGUUCCCUUGAAAUUUUGUCAGAGACUGUAAGCAUUAGUGGCUUAGUUAAAUCUUGGAAAUUUUAAUCAAUGGCUGAAUACUCUAAGCAAAAGGGAAUAAUUUAUCUAAAUACUAUUGUAUUACGUUAAGAAUCACACUGAGAUAUCCAUCACUAUUGUAUGACUGGUUAUAUCUAAAAAGGUUUUUCUGCCCUGGCUGGUGUGGCUCAGUAGAUUGAAUGCCAACCUGCAAACCAAAGGGGUCUCCAGUUCGAUUCCCAGUCAGGGCACAUGGCUGGGAAAUGCACCAGGUUCCCAGAAGGGGGCGCGCGAGGGGCAACCACGUAUUGAUGUUUCUCUCCCUCUCUUUCUCCCUCCUUUCCCCUCUCUCUAAAAAUAAAUAAAGUCUUUUUUUAAAAAAAGAUUUUUCUAAUUGAAAAAGAAAACAAUUAUAAACAAACUUUUAAAGAGGACCCCCUAUUCACUUAACCAAAAUUUUUCCAUUUGUGACAAUUCUUUGCAUAUUUAGAAAAAUAAAUUAUUUCCUAUGAGCAGUUCUGAACAAACUAUAGAAAAUAGCCCAGUGCUAAUUUGAUUAAAUAACAUUGAGCUUCAUCUCAAAGUAUUUUGUAUUAUCUGAUUUCCAGAAGUUUCUUUAUUGUCCUCUACCACCACCAAAAAAAAAGAGGCCAGCGGCACAAACAAAUCAGGAAAACUGAUCCCUACAGUGUCUAGACCGCUUCCAGCCUCGCACCAUACCGGCUUUUCCAUCUGUAAAGUGAAAUGUGACUAACUGGAGUGUUUGAUGUGACCUUAGGUAAAAUAGCAGAGAAAGUCUUAUAAAUAGUUCCUGAAAUCAUUUAUGUGAAUUCAGAUAACACUACUGUUAUCUAAGCUAAGAGUAUUUGCAGGAUUUGUUUUUAAAUUGUUCACACUGUAAUAAAUAUGGAUAGAAAAUAUAUUUGUGAGUAAGUCGUUUUGUUGCAAAGUUUUUUAAACAACCUAAUUUGUUUAACACAGGUAUAUUUAUUUUAAGACCUUAAAUAAUAACUACCUGUUUUAAACAUUAUAAAUUUAUAGGCUAUUAAUUUUUUUCUAAACAGAAAACAUGUUGAGUGCCACUCACAAUACUUGUUUCCCAGCUAAAGUAUCAUCCAAGGGCUACAGCUGUUAGCAUUUUAGUACAGCCUUUUCAAUCUCUCUAUCUCUCUCUCUCUCCCCCGCCAGCCUGUCCCUUUAUUUCAACCAAAAAAAAACAGUAUAUUUUAACCAGAAGAAAAUUAUGUUAAAUAAUCUUUAAUAUAAUACAGGGAUGUAAAGUUAAAGUUUUUCUUUCAAUUAACUUCAGAUUACUUUUUGCCUGGCUUAUUCUAUUUGGUGGAAAGGAGAAUUUCGUUGUCAUGAAAACAACAGCAUGUUAAGUGCUUACUCUUGCAUAAGCAUCUCACCUAAAAUACAUCUUAGACAUACAAGUGUUUUCAUUCAAUAUUAGUUAAGUGCUACUAACUUCAUUAAAGCUUUGCAAAGUGCAAUCAUAUAAGCUAGUGUGCUCAAGUUACUGUGCUAAGCAAUGGUAAUCGUAUGCAGUAUAUCUAGCGUAAUCAAUUCGCAGUGUGAAAACUUAGUACUGGGCAUCAUGAAUGUAAUUGCUUAUAAUAGUAAUUCCACUAUGCAACUACUGUGUGUCACAUGUGCAUUUUAAACUACAGUACUUGAAUUUAUAACAAAGUUUUAUUUGCUUUGGGGCAUUUUAA